UCUCUCACUGUGAAUGUGGCCUUUUUCAUCCUGCGGAAGAUCUCUGCGUUAAUUAUUCGCUAGACAAAUCAUCGCGGCUUAAGCUGUCAAAAAAGUAAAUCCCUCACGUCUCUAAGUUCUCCUGUCAAUCGCGACAUUGUGAACGCGACACACUUGAAUAUUGACUUGAUGCGGCAGAUAACGAAUCGAUCAAAAUCGUGCGCUUCAGCUGAGUCGAAUUUCACCGCCGAGUUCAGGUUAAUAUCACCCAUAUCGUGUUGAAACAGACACAAGUAACCAACUCACGUCGUUUUCACCGCCAAGAAGUAGACAGUGCUCAUUUGCGUAGCUGCGUGUACGAGAUUAGUGCGGCUUCAAGAUUUAUUUGAUGAUAACAGUGGACAUCAAACGCCAAAGAUCUGAUGCGUUCAUUCAUUUCACAUCAUGACCUCAGUUAAACCUUCUCCGUUCACCACUAGUGAAACUUGGAAAAAUUCCGCGGCUUCUGUUUCUCUGUCAGUGAAAGAGAUGAUUCCUUCCACAGUGCCUCCCUCUACCAGCCUUGAAGUCCCCGAGCCUUUUCCAUCGCUGGUAAUUCGUCUGGCGCUAUCCAUUCUAAUUCUAGUGCUCAACAUGGCAGGAAACAUUCUCGUGUGUGUAGCUGUUCGGAAAACGCGCAAGCUGCGAAGUUUCAGGAACUACUAUUACGGCCUGUUUUUGAUGAGUCUAGCGAUUGCCGACAUGGCGGUAGGUUUCGUGUGUAUGCCUUUCACCUUACUCUAUUACGAGACAGGGAAGUAUCCGUUUGGCUUUUUCGGAUCCACUGCUGUUUGUAAGCUUAUCCCAGCUCUGAGCUUGUUAUGCCAGGGUGCUUCGAUCUUCAGUCUAACAACCCUUACUUUACAACGCUUCAUGGGCAUUGUCUAUCCAAUGAAAGCUAGAUUGACCCUCGGGAGGGUCAAGUUGCUUCUCGCACUGGUUUGGCUGUGCGCCUUUAUGUCCGCUCUUCCACAAAUCAUUGUCAUGGACGUGAAUCAUACAGUGCAAGGUGAAAACAACAAAUUCAGCUGUGAAGAGCUUUGGGGGAAUCCUCCCACCGACAGAAUCCUAAAAGAAGGGUAUACUUUGUAUCUGUUUGUGGCUGAAUAUCUCCUACCUUUGGUUAUCAUGGGAAUCGCCUACAGUAAAAUGGCCACGGUGCUUUAUCGAAGAGAUGAAGGCUUAGAAGGUAGAAAAUCUACCAAUAGUAGAACCAAAGCAAAUCACAAGAAAUUCAUUCGACUACUGAUCGUUUUAAUUGCGAGUUUCGCGUUGUGCUAUCUGCCGAAUCAUGUGCUGUUUUUCUGGUUGGAUUACGGCUCAGGAGCAAACAAUCCGUACUUCAGUAUUCUCAUGAAGUAUUCACAUUUCUGUAUUUGGCUCAACAGCUGUCUAAAUCCUUACCUAUACGGCGCACUUGACGACUACUUCAGACAGAGUUGCAAGAAGGUGUUGCGGCAAUGCGCACGAAUCGAGGGUAAAGCGAGAAAGACUCACCGUCAUAUCACGCGACAGUUAACCAAAAUGUAUUCCUUUAAGACACCAUCUACAGCAGAUCCGGAUUCGUCAGACGUACCAGAGGAAAGCUAAGGUGAAAAGCAAGGCUUAGAAACUUUUAUCGUCGAAAAAUGAGAAAGGACAAAUUGCAAUUGGUGGGUCGAUUUAAUAUUCUUAAAGUUUGAGGCCCUUGAGUUUGACUCCAAUUUCUCUGAGGCUGAAAAAAACUAUCAGAGAUGGGGGAUCUUUUACGAGGAUGGCUCAUGAGACUGAAAAAACUGAAAAUGGCUUGUUAAUAAGAAGACCAACCAAUAGCCCUAUUGAAAAAGAACUACCCGCGAAAGGGGAUUUUAAUUUGUGGCUUAAAAUUAUCAUUAACGCGCUUUGUUUUUGUAGUCAUUUUGGAUAAAUCAUUAAGCUUUUAAAAAUCUUUGUUAGUGGUUUAGUUAAACUAUGCAAGGCGCGGUGAUUUGUCGCAUUGCGAUUCCGCAGGUACAUUUUCUAGCUUUAAUGAAGUGUUUGAAUUUCCCUUGACAGAAAUUUUGUCUUCUGGCAUUCCUGUCAUUUCUGCUUUCUUUCUGAGUCAAACGCUUUGUAGCGUUCUUUUCUAUAGCGUAUUUGUUCAAGUUAGAAUGUGAUUCUUUGCACAUCCGGUGUCAAUUAGUUAACACUUACUUAUGUACUCAUUCCAUUAAUACUAAGGCGCUCUAGAAAAAACCUUCAUAGGAAAUGCGUAACACAUAGAAAUUAGCCCUAAGAACAAUUCUACGAGGUUCUAGUGGUGGGAGGUCGAUACAACGUAGUGCUGUGACAAAACAUCACUCGCUAAAAUACUCGGAUCGCUUUGCCUAACCGAACAACGAAACACAAUAAAGCGUGAGCUAAGCAGUGUCAGCGUGAUUUCAGUUUGACAUUGAAAUAAUUUGACGGCUCUAAUAGUUCAAUGAUUAGUUUGAUCUAUGUACUUUACAGGCUUUAGAGCUGGUUCACGUCACUUCUCAAACAACUCACUGUCUUUAAGUCACGACUGUGACGUUGCAAGAGUCUAGUUGAGCACUUUAGGAGUUUAGCACUUAUUUCUUACUUCAUUUCAAAAGGACAUAGGCCUGUGUCUAUACCUGGUAAGAUUUCGGCAAAUUUGUCACAUUUUAAGAUUUUAGAUAAAAGACUCUCAAGCAGACUACCAUGGGCGUUCGUUGUUAAUGACAUAAUUGGCCUAGGUUUUAACAAAAAGGUUUGGUGUGCCUUUGACCAGUUUUUAUCUAUGGUUGCGGCAUAGGUUGACGGUCAUUAGAUUUUUUGGGUUAGUCACGGUUUUCUUUGAAGAUUAGCGGUUAAUUCUUUUAAAGUUCCCGCUCUAUUAUCCUCAUAUGUACAUAAAAAAUAAUUAAUUCAAAGGAUCUAUUAAAGUAGAUGGAGUUGUGUAACUAAAGAAGUUAGAGGCGUUACAAUACAUUGUUACGAAGCUUUAUCAUUUUAAUUACGAAAUCUCUCGAUGACACAAAGGGUUACAUCUUUGAAUCUUGGCGCAGUGAAACUGUUGCCUUCACUGAUUGGAAAGAGAGGUUCUUUCAAGGCAGUUUUCAUUUAAAAUUGUUUAGCCCCUGUCGCAUUUGUGAAAAGAGGAAACAAUAUUGCAGGGUUGUUUCCUAUAUCUGUGUAAUCAUUUGGUUUUGAGAGCUAACCAGGAAUUUAGAGUGGAAUUCAUUACGAAUUAAAAAUCUGUGUAACUACCGAAUAAUUGCUUGUCAGUGCAUGUAAAUAUUAGUAAUCGUCAAAUCAGCCUCUAUUGAAACAUUUUCAACAUUCAAUUAAA